CAUCCUGUGUAAUGCAAAUAGUAUAAGAUGAAUUAUAAUUUUCCCAAAUCGUGUGGCACAAUUAAUAGCAUAUCAAAAUUAUAAUGUUACCGCCAAAAUUAUACGGUAAACAACAAACCGCUAUUCUGGAUAACUCUAUUGAAUUAUUAUUCUUAUAUAUGAUAUAAGAAUUCAAUGUUGAGUUCCAAGAAACUACUUCAAUAGCAUCAAUUGCAUCCAGAGGAACAACAUGAAGUUUGCCAUUUGUCAUUGAAAAACAUUAGAGGAAAGAGAAAUUCAAAGGAGUUUCGAUAUGUCAGAUAUCCAAAUACUAGGAUAAAAUCGGUCAGGUUCUUGGUCCAGUAGAUGAAGAUUUUCUUAUUAUAUGCCCGUAAUGGAACAAGAUAGAAUUAUAAGAAUGCAUAGUACCAUCUUGGGUAAAGUUCGACAACAAAUUGCCGACCACUAAUUACUUCUAUAUUUUGAACAAAACGAGAGCAUAAAAGUAUAUAACGCUCCACCAAUAAAAUUGCAUAAAAAGUACCACUGAGCUUUCUACAAAAAAAAAAAUGAAAGCAGAAAGGGCAUAUAUAAUACAGGGCAGCAAACCACAAAAGUAUUAAAAAAAGGGAAAUGUUAAGGAGCAAUAAAUGAUGUGAAAAUUAAUUUCAGUUAAAUAAGGGACAUAUCAAGUGAGAGAAGGUUUUAUCUGAGAGAUGAGAGGACUGAUUUGUAACCGUUAGAUUGAAACUUAUAAAACUUAGAUUUUGGGUAUUGAUUUAGGAACUUUCAAUUAAUUUCCCCAACAUAGUUCUUAAAUUGAGCUGAUGAAACAAAGGGCUUUGAGAGCAAGAAUUGGAGAAGCUGUAAUGGUGAGAGAGAAACACCCGGAUCGAUCGAGCAGUGUAGGAACUGAGAAAGAGGAGGAAGAGGGAUGGUUGUAUUGCGGAGAAGAUGAACAGUGACAGAGGAAGAAGAAACAACGUGUUACAACCAUUUUUCAUUCUUUGAUCUGAGCCAUUGAAUUCUUUUUUUCCACAUGUCAGCCAUCUAUAAAAUGAACUUAUCAAAAUGGAAGAUAACAAAAUGGAGGGGAUCUGGACUUCACUUUAUAAUUACGAGACCAACUAUCAUUUAUUACUCCUUAACAUGUGCCCUAUAUGCACAUGUUAACAGCACCCAAAAAAAAAUAAGGACCUACUAAGUUUUAGUCUUUUAGGGCCCGUUUGGUGCACAGGAUAAGGAGACAGGAUAUGAUAAAAUUAACCUAUCCUGUUCCUAUCCGAUGUUUGGUGCACCAAUUGGAAAGGAUAAAUUUAACCUAUUACUAAUCCUAUCCUAUUGACUCUUUGUUAUUCUAAUCCUUAUUUUGGGCUGGGUUAGCAACCUGAUAGGAUUAUAUUAACCUAGCGCUAUUUCACUCUUCGAUUCUCACCAGUCGCUUUUUGCUUCUUUUUUUUUCACGCUACUCUCUUCUCCUACUGUUGCCGUUUCUCAUCUCUUAGGUAUACACCGAUAAUUAUUUUAUAGCUAAUGAAUUGUUUUAUAGCCACUGUUGCCGUUUCUCAUCUCACAGGUCCUAUUAUUAUCAUUGUUUUAUAUAGCUAUGAAUUGUUUUUUAUUCUCUUUUGUUAUCAAUCGAUUCUGCUUUAUAUAGCUAUGAAUAGUACACUGCAGUUUUUUUCCCUAUGAUUUGCGUUUUUAAUGUUGUCUAUGAAGAGGAACUUGUUGUUUUUUAGUAUCUCUGUAUAUUCCUUAUUGAAUAGCACUUCUUGUGCUUUUAUGAAUCAAUGAUCAAUGAUUUUAUUACUAUGUUAUAACUCAUCGAUUUGGGAUUGACAGGUUUUGGUUCUUUGUUGCUGUGCUGUUAUUGCAUAGUCUUUAUAUCUACCUAAUACUAUUGCCUAUUAUUAUGAUUAUAACCCAUCGAUUUGCUACAUGUGGAUAUUGCUACUGCCUGUGAUUUCUUUACUGCUGUUCUGCUAUGUUUUUUUGCUGCUGUUCUGCUACUGCUAUGUCUUUGUUUUCUUUGCUACUGCCUGUGUUUUUUUUCUGUUUUGGGAUAUUGUGUUUGAUUGAGAGAAAAUAUCAAGUUUCAAAACACUUGUUCUGUUUUAUAGGUAAUAUGGAUGAUUUACAGAGACAACAAAAUUUGAUGCUAUAUCAAAUUUUGCAGCAAUCAUUUUUAGAGAUGAUUGAUCUUUGUUUUACAAUUUUAAUCAUAGUGAGUCAUUCUUCAAUGUGGUUUUAUGAAAAUAAUUGCAUUAGACAACAACCGGUUGAUAGAGAAGGAUUAAGGGGAGAAUUUUUAGAGUGUUUGAUCAAUAGAGAUGAUGCCGUAUGUGUUAAUCAUCUUCGCAUGGAUAUUAGAUCAUUUCGUAUAUUGUGUUGUCUCCUCCGUAAUGAAGGUAAAUUGAAAGAAGAUGGACUAGUAUGUAUCGAAGAACAAGUGGCUAUUUUCUUACACAUAUUGGCACAUCAUUCUAAGAACCGCGUAAUUAAGUUCCUAUUUAAACGAUCGGGGGAAACUGUUAGUAGGUAUUUUAAUUUAGUGUUGAAUGGAAUCUUAAGAUUGCACGAAACACUUCUCAAAGCUCCUGAACCUGUCCCAGAAGAUUGUUUGGAUGAAAGAUGGAAAUUGUUUAAGAAUUGUCUCGGGGCACUAGAUGGAACACAUAUCCAAGUUAAUGUACCAGCAAUUGACAAGCCCCGAUAUCGUAAUAGAAAAGGGGAUAUAUCUACCAACGUCUUGGGUGUAUGUUCUAGGGAUAUGCAAUUUAUUUAUGUGAUGCCUGGAUGGGAAGGAUCAGCAUAAGACUCGAGGGUAUUGCGGGAUGCUAUUUCUAGGACGAAUGGUUUACAUGUUCCAACAGGUUACUACUAUCUUGUGGAUGCUGGGUAUACAAAUAGUGAAGGAUUUCUUGCUCCAUAUAGAGGGUGUCGUUAUCAUCGGAGUGAAUGGAGACAUGGCUACACACCUUCGAAUAAGAAAGAACUGUUUAACAUGAAACACUCCAUGGCAAGAAAUGUGAUAGAAAGAACUUUUGGAUUACUAAAAAUGCGUUGGGCUAUACUUAGGACUCGCUCUUUCUACCCAAUAAAAAUUCAAAUUCGCAUUAUAAAUGCUUGUUGUCUGCUACACAAUUUCAUUAGAAGAGAAAUGCCAACAGACCCAAUGGAAGAACAAUUACGCAUGAAUAUGGAAGCACAAUUACAUAAUGAAGAUAUUGCACACGCUGCUCCUAUAAAUACGAUUGAGGGAAGUGAUGCAUGGUCUACUUGGAGAGAAGACUUAGCAACAGAAUCAUGGAAUGAAUGGCUUGCUAGACACAUGAAUUGAUUAUUUUAUUAUUAGUUUAUUUAUUUAAGAUUUCAACAAGGAGUUAGACUACUUUUUAUUCUGUUAAUGCAUAUUUUUUUGUGACUUGGUUGUUCCCACUUUUUUCGGUUUGAAAUGGUUGAUUUAUUCUAGUAUUGUUUGUUUAUUUUUUUGUUUUGAAAUUGUCUAUUUUUUUUGGUAUGAUUUGUUCCCAUUUUUGUUAUUUAUAAUUUAAUUAUACACUAGGAAUGGAAUCUGAGAUCAACAUGCAACAAAACAACAAACGAAAGAGAGAUCGUAGACCAUGGUCUGACUUGGAGGUUGAAGCCUUUCUUGAUAUACUCAUUGAAGCUGCGAACAACGGUCAAAGAUGUGAUAAUGGACAGUUCAAAGCGCACACUUUAAGAACGGCUGAGACAAAAUUGGAAGAAAAGUUUCCUGGGUGUGGAAUUAAGGUAAAGCCACAUAUUGAAUCUACUAUGAAGAGGCUAAGGACAACUUAUGCAAUAGUUUAUGAUAUGUUAAAUCAAAGUGGAUUUGGUUGGGAUGAAGAGAAAAAGAUUAUUAAGGUGGAUGAUGAAGUGUGGAAUGAGUAUGUCAAGAGUCAUCCAAAUGCCAAAGAUCAUAGGUAUGCUCCAAUUCCACUCUUUGACAAACUUGCUCAUGCGUUUGGAAAAGAUCGUGCUACUGGUAAAGGUGCUGCACCCCCUGCUGAUAAUGUUGAAGAGAUUGAUAAAGAAGAUGAAGAACAAGGUAAUGACGAGGAGAAUGAAAUAGGAAUGACUCAGUCACCUUCUAUUAAUCAAUCUAAAAGAAAGGCUGACAUCAUGGAAAUUCAAUUUGGGAAAAGAAACAAAGGAGCAAGUAUAAUUGCUCAGAGUAUAUCUGAGUUAGGAAAGAGUUUCGGAUCUAUAAUUGAAAAAAGCUCAAAAAAUAUGUGUGAAGCUGCAAAUCGUCUAGGAUUUGGUAAAGAUUUGGUUGAUGAUUCAAGAAACCUUAUGGCUGAGUUGGAGAAAAUGGAGAUAACGGAACAAGAGCGUUUUAUUGCUGCCGACAAAAUAUUAUCUGUGCCACAUCGUUUGCACAUAUUUAUGGGUUGUCAUGAUGCAACUCGUCUUGCAUUUGUUAAGUCUUUGAUAGGAUAGUUUAAGUAUGGUUUGAUAAAAAUAUUUGACAAUAUAUUGUUGCUUUA